AUGCCCACCUUCGGGACAUUCGAGCUUCGUUGCAUCACGUCAUUGAUUGUUAUCCAUCACUGUGUUCUUGGAGCAAACGACAUUUGGAAGAAUCUGCCCAAAGAAGCCUGGAAGAAACAUGGAGAUUCCAGGAUAGCUGAGAUUGAAGUAGUUGAUCAAGGAGAUGUACAUGUUCAGCUCCCGGUCUCCUCCCUCUACGACGAGGAGGAGCAUGUCGUAAGGGGUAGCAUGGCACACCUCUUCGAGCACCUGCAGGAUUUUCAUUUCCUGCAAGCUUUCAUCUCGUUCACAGGCUGUGCUGAGAAGCAUUGCAAGCCCUUGAAGAGUCAAAGGACAGUAUGGCUGAGGACGAAUGCCUCGGAGAUCGAAGGAGGAAACCCUUCUGUCCUCGCACAUGCCAGCAGCGAGCUGGUCCUGCAUACCUCAGUGUGUCAUGCGCAGUCACGGGUAUGGUACCUGAAGGUGCACCAAGAUCAUGUGCCGGAAGUUGUCUCGAGAACAUUCAUGAAGAUCGUUCUGACCAAGUCUGCAGCACAUGGCAUAGGAGGAAGCGACGUCAUGUUUGUUCAGCAGUCUUCUGUCCUGUUUGCAGUUCCAUCGAGCAGUUUCACUCAUGCUCCUGCCCUGAACUUGCAUGUGAGCAUUUCGGAGAUGCAGGACGAAGUCCCUGUGAAGCAUAGCAAGAACCUUCGUGCUGUGAGGGUGAACAAGAUUGGAUUCCGGCAAGGUUGUCCGAUUGCUGAACACAACUCCAGCGCUCAUGUGGGCACGAUCGACUUCCAUAAAGGAGCAGGAGUGAUUGAACUGACGGAUAGGAUAGCGCUGAAUGGAACAGAGGGAGCGACCUGGUACAUGUUGCUGAGCUAUCAGCCUCCUGACCAUCAACAAGGGAGACUUCAUCUCAAUGUUGAGAUGUUCCUGGAUGCGCAGAGUCAUGAUUAUACUCAUUGUGAGGGGUCGCAGUGUUUACAAGCUCACAAGUUCUACAACGAACUGGCGAGUCUGAUGGGAGAAGCUGCACAGACGCAACUGCUUGCAUGCCAGAGCAUGCAUCUCCUCUUUCCUCGCCGCUCGUUCCCAUACUUCAUGCUUGCAAGUCAUGCAGGACGAGAAGGACGCGAGCGGAGGAGGUGGAAGCAUGUGAAGCAAGCUUGCAAGCUGGCAAGCAUUGAGCUCGGAGACCUGCACGCAAUGAUGGCAAUAGUCGCUGCUGAAUCUGCCUCCCCUACCUUGACAGCCACCGCCAUUGACAAGAUGCAGAACUUCGCUGCCUCCGUCCUCCUCCUCCUCUCUCGCUCGGCCAGCAAGGACGGCAAGUUGGAGCUGGCGCAGCAAAUGGCAGAGAGAGCGUGUGAGGUGAGAGGAAAUCUGGAGGACCUCGACGAGCUGGCGUACGUGCAGAUGAAGGAGGGAAAGUUUUCAGCUGCAGAGCGCUCCUACCGCCUCCUCCUCCUCCGCCAUCCCUCCGCUUCCGCCCAUUUUGCUCUCGGCGCAGCUCUGUGGGCUGACAGGAGGAACGUGACAGGAGCGAUAAGAGAGUUCGAGCUGGGCCUGCAGCUGGAUCAGGACAACGCAGAGAUGCACGUGAAGCUAGGGAUGAUGAUGGAGGAGGAGGGAGAGGAGGAGGGUGGACGAACGGCCUGCGAGCACUACAGGAAGGCUGUCGAGCUGAACGGCAAUCACGACGUCGCCAGGUUCUUGCUGAGCAAGUGCCUGAACCUGCAAGGAAAGUUAGUGGAGAGCGCAAGCAACUACAGACAUCUGCUGGGGCGACAGGAAGGUCAUUGUGAAGCAAGGUACAACCUCGUCGAGGUUAUGCACAACGCUCUGCUGUUCGAGGAGAGGGAGGAGAAUGAGAAGAAGGCGAUGGCCUGCAUAGCCCAGCAGCUCACUGCCAUCGGCAGAACCACCAUCCAUCCUCUACAGAGCCUUCGAUUCGUUCCUCAUCCUCUACUGAACGACAUCAUUGACGCGCACAACAAACUUGUCGUCUCCUCUCCCCUGCCUUCGGUUGCUUCCUGCUUCUUGCUCCUUCCAUCUCCUCACAGGUUUUCUCAGGUCGCCCUCAAACUUCCUGUGAUCAACAUGAGAGUUGGGUACAUCGCUUCAGCAUGGCAUGCUGUCCCUUCUCAAGUGAUAUCCCUCUUGCUGGGCAACUACAUGUCCAGCCUCCUUCCCCAGGGAUUCAGGAGGUGCUGCUUCAAAUUCUUCCCGCACGGUUCGACACCUUCGUCCAUAGGGGAGCAAGUCAACUCCCACUCGCUCCAUGUCCUCGUGGACUUCGACGCCGUCGUCUCGAGCAUCCAUGACCAAGUUCUCUCCCACCAGCCCGCCAUGUUGCAAGUCCGAGGAUGGGGGUCGAGGUGGCCGGCAACAGCAAGAAGCUCAUCGUUACCCAUGCUAGCCAGUGACUGGGUGGCAACUCCACCAGAGUUUGCAGCGAGUUUCACAGAGAAGUUGAUCCUGUUCAAGGCUCCUCCGCUGCCUCCUCACAUCGAACAAACUCGAGACGCCUCUCCCCCUCCUACUCCACAAGUAGCAACUUGCCGCCUCUGCUUCCCUCACUCAGCAUGCUUUUCAGCUGCUUCCUCGUUGACGGGCAGGCAGGGCAAGCAGCCGGUUGAGUCUGCCUUCUCCUCCCGGGGACAAGGAGAGCUUGUCCUCUGGCAUUCCAGCAACCUCACGGAGCAUGCGGUGACAUCGAGCGCGGUGCUGGAGCUUCUUGGAGGGAGCGACAUCCUCCUGAGAGAUCCAGUGGCAAGUAAGCUUGUGCUCGAGCAUGGCCUCUGCUUCCUGUCUGCUCCUGAGGAGUCGCUCAUGUCUCGCAUCAGCGCCUCCUUCCUCGUCGCCUUCGGCGGCUCGCAGGGGGUCGCAGGGAUGGCUCGAGGGGAGGAGGAGUACCGCAGACUGGCUUGCUCCUGCACGCGAGGAGAGAGGAGGGAGGUGCACCGGGAAAAGAUUUUGGAAGGGCAGAGUCGAGCAUGGGAGCGAGGGAUGCGGAUGGCUUUGGAGACUUGGGCGAUUGCAUCAGGGAAGGCGGAGGGAGAGAACGAGGAACAAGGAGGAGUAGGGGAAGUAGGAGGCAGAGGAGAGGGAGGGAAGGCAGUCAAGACGAGGAGUCAUAUCCUACUGUCCGCAAGUUCCGGUCGUCCAACCCGUUUCAUUCCACUAAAGUUCUGA